AGUUUUCUUUAAGUGUUUCUAUGUACUUGUUUUCACUCUUAUUCAAGGUUAAGUUAAAUUUUGAAUAUCUCGUCAAUGAACAGCAACGGUGUGAGUUCUGAUGGCCCAAAAAGAAAAGUAGCAUUGAUCACCGGAAUAACAGGACAGGAUGGUUCUUAUUUGGCCGAGUUCUUAUUGUCAAUGAAUUAUAUAGUUCAUGGAAUUAUAAGAAGAUCAAGCACGUUUAAUACUGGUAGGGUAAACCAUAUUUACGAAAAGAACAAGUUAUUGCCCGAAAAAACGUUUUUUCUUCACUAUGGUGAUAUGACUGAUAGUUCUUCAUUGAUCAAAAUAAUCAGUAAAGUAAUGCCUGAUGAAAUAUACAAUUUGGCCGCUCAGUCCCAUGUGAAGGUCUCUUUCGACCUUAGUGAGUAUACUGGUGAAGUUGUUGCUCUUGGUACUUUACGUUUGCUGGAUGCUAUUAGGACAUGUAAAUUAGAAAAAACAGUUAAGUUUUAUCAAGCUUCCAGUAGUGAACUGUAUGGGAAAGUUGUGGAAACGCCACAAAGUGAGAAAACACCUUUUCACCCGAGGUCACCGUACAAAUGUUUUGGAAUUAGGUAAUUUAAAUUCUGAGCGUGAUUGGGGAUUCGCUGGUGAUUAUGUUAAGGCUAUGUGGCUUAUGCUUCAACGUGAUACACCGGAGGAUUUCGUUAUUGCAUCUGGGGAAAAGCAUUCUGUUCGUGAAUUUACCAAUUUGGCUUUUGAACAUGUUGGAAUCCAUUUAACGUGUUUAAUACGUGAUAUAAACUAAGCGAUAAUCAUAAAAAUAUUUAACAUGAUAUUUCUGCACUUCAUUGAAUUGUCCGCAAAGUUAUAGUGGUACUUCAGUUUGUUGAACAAAUUUUACAUCCAUGAAUUUAAAAAAUGAUAAGUAAUGACAAAUCCUCGAGUAAAGGCUCACAUAACCUAUCUCAAGUCGCUUUAUGUACCCAAACCAGAUCAGCUGGACAGGAGUUUGGAAUCAGUGUAUAUAAACCUAUCAGUUAAAACCACCAACUGACGAAACGAAAAUUAUUUUAACUUCUAAUUUAAUGUAUGGAAUAUUUUUCGGUUUGUUCAAAUAGAGACGCUUAUCAAAAAGAAAGAGCAUCUUUUCAUACUUCUUUUUAUUAAUUUACAAUAUACUUUUAGAAAUGUUGAUUUUUAAGUAAGAAAAGACUCAGGAAUCUUGAAACACGCUUUCAUGUGAUAUUUUUCUGUUAUUAUAUAGACUUCUAUAUUUAUUGAAUCACCAUAAAUGCAAUUGUAUAGCAUUAGUUUGAAACCCGAGUGUUCAAACUAUAGCUUCGGCUUUGAAAACAGUUUCUACAGCGACUACCAGUCUAAUGUUAACAUUUUCAGGUAGCUUUGAUUUCCUAUUACUUUGAAUUACAUCUUUCUCGAUAUAAGUUCAAAAAGUCGAAGUGCGUUACUUAUUUGCUUGUUAAUAAUAUUUAGUAAGUCAACUAGUUAUUUUAAUAAGGUUAUAGUGAAUCAAAUGAGUAAGAUAUUCAUGGUAGGUUUUUGUUUAUUUAUUUAGAUUCUCCAAACAGUUGAAGUUGCACCAUAAUUUGAGGUACAUCCUUGAAGUUUUGUAUUGGUGACAUUUGACUUUUAAAACUGUUAUUGGGAGUCAUAUAGUAUUUGUUUUUUAAUGGCCAUAAUAUUUGUUUCCGUUGGACUAUUUUUCUUGUUUAAUCACUCACUUUGAGAGCGUUUUUAAAUGCUUGAAAUUAAUGAUUUUUAAACAAAAUUAGAUGGAAAGGAACCGGUCUUAAUGAAGUUGGUGUUGAUUCAGAAUCAGGAAAUGUACUUGUUCGUGUCAAUGAACGUUACUUCCGUCCUGCAGAAGUAGAUCUUUUAUUAGGGGAUUGCACUCGAGCGAAAGAAUUAUUGAAAUGGGAGCCAACUUGUGGUUUUACAGAACUUGUUAAGCUGAUGGUGGAUGAAGAUAUGAAAUUACUGGAGUCCGGUAAAACUCCUGUUUAACUAAACUUCAAUAUGCUUUUCAAUUUGGUCUGAAUCUUAUUUGUUUGUAUGAUUUUUUACUAUUGUAUUUCAUAAAAAUUGUUUUCUAUGAAUUGUCUUCACUUCGAGUUAUUCGAUAAAAAAACGUUAUUUCUCUCGGAAAAGAAACCACAAUUAAGACUCAUUAUAUGUAUGAUCGAUUACUGGAAUCAGCCAGGUAAUUUACUUGUAGAUACAUCAUUGAUUUAUCGGGGAGAUAUGUUAUGGAACUUUUUGAUGCUAUCAGCCUAGCAUUCACUUAUACCGACCAAAAUUCAGUGCUGAAUAUCAAUCACAUGAUAAUAGAAACCAUUAGGAAUGAAUACCAUACCAUUCGAACAAGUUAUUGGUUCUUUAGACUCAGUGGUUUGGUGGGGAAUAACAUGGCAUUUUAACUGAUAGGUGCUGGGUCCGAGUAAUACUGUGAGCACAAACACUGAGGUAUAUUUAGUCUCAAAUACAGCGACGCGCACUUUUGAAAUUCCAUGUGUACUAAUAACAAGUAAUACUGUAGUGAACAAGAACACGAGUGGGGACAAAGGAAUGCAUUUGACACGAAAUUACAGAGCAUCUCACUAGAAUCUGAGAAUCAUAUAGUAAAUAGUUAAUUUGCAAAAUAUCAAUCCAUCGUCUAUAUCUUACACUUGUUGGUAGAACAUGCAUCAAUCCAUCGUCUCAAACUUCACUGUCCCUUUUGCAAAUAUCAGUCCAUUGCCUCAGAUUUCGUGCAUUUCCAUACCAAUUGCGUUCCGUUUCCGUUUUUUCCUUAUCGAUCUUCUGCUGAAAUACACUCUAUACCUGACCACCGUUAUAUACUACUUAUAGGGAUAUAAGUAACCUACACCACAAUACCAUUGAAUAAAAUGGUAAUGCUAUAGAUAGAAGCAAAAAGUUCCGGUUUAUAUCUGAAAGUAUAAUUCCUAUAAUAUUAAGAAAAACUAGCUUCAGUGAACAUGUAAUUACAGUACAUAAAAUCUUAAGAGAAUAUCAUUACUUAUAUUUUACCACAACCUCUCAAGAGUUAUUUUUAAGGUAAAUAAGUAGGCAUGUACUUUCCAGUAUAGUUUGACUGUCCGGUUACUACAGUUCACUGUAUCUCGAAUGUUUUAUUUAAAAAUGGAAAAUAUCAAGAAGUAUGCCGAUUUAUGGUAUAAUGGUUUAAAUUACACUGAUGGUUAUGUUUACAUCCAAACUAACUACAGUUACUAGCUACAUGUCGUAACUUCUGUAUAUUCCUUUAAAUGCAGUAUACAAAUGCAUAAGUUUUGAGCGACUCCAACCGUAAUUUAAUAAUGUGAAAGUUAAAUUAAGUUCACUAUACAUAUUUGAUUGGGUAAACAACCAUGUAAAACCAGGAUGCAUUGGACAUCUGUUAUGUUUUAAUAUAUGACUCCCUACCGGUGCGCAUUUACGAUUCAUUUAAGCCUC